AUGUUGAUGAACUUGGAGUUGUUGCUGACCUUGCCUGGUGGGGAAAGUGUAAGAGGAUUUUUUCUGGUGACACUGCUGGUGGAGCUGGCAGCUGUUCCUGGCCUGAAGUCUAUCCUUGAUGUCAUCAAUGGCAUCCAUUAUAAUGAUGUUGCUAUGGUCACCAAAGCUCUGGAUGUUGUCAGUCAGGCCAUAGACAGCAUGAAACAGGCCUUUAAACUAAUGCAUGACUAUGUAGAUCCUUCCAUAUUCUACGGGAUUGUGAGGAUCUAUCUGUCCGGAUGGAAAGAUAACCCAUUAAUGCCAGAAGGUCUCGUGUACGAGGAAGUUCAGGAGAAGCCAAUGGAGUUUUCAGGUGGUAGUGCCGCUCAGAGUAGUACCUUACACUGCUUUGAUGAGCUGCUGGGAGUCCAACAUGAAGGCAGCAGCGGGGCCUUCCUGAGAAGAAUGAGGGACUACAUGCUGCCCUCUCAUAAGCAUUUCAUUGAAAACAUCUCUAGUUGCCCGUCUCUGCGCAGCUUUGUGCUCCAGCAAGCGGAUGAGGGUCUAACGCACACAUUUGAGCAGUGUGUGGCUCGCUUAGUGGACUUUCGGAAUUACCACAUCAACACUGUCACGCGUUACAUCACUAUCCCGGCCUCCCACGCCAAACAGCUCCGUGCCAACAAGCAGGGUUUGCCCGAGGAGCUGGACGCAAUCAGAAGAGCACCAACAGCACUGGAUGAAAGAGGUACUGGAGGGUCAGGGAUUAUGACCUUUCUGAAGACAGUGCGUGACAAAACCAAAGACACUUUCAUCUCACAGUGCUCUAAAGGGAACCAGGAUUUGCCAGACCCAUCAAUGACAGAAAUACAGAAGGCUGCAUCUGAGUUCACAACAGAAUGA